UGUAAGCAUGGUGCGAGGCAGUAGAGUUCACAACAAAACAUAGUUGUUAGGGCAAUUGCAAAACAAUGAUUAGACAGAAUUGAUCUUAAGACAAGCGGCAUUUGCAUUUUUAGAUUUCAACGAACGCGACUCUUCAUCUUUAGCGAUAUUUUCGAUAUGGGGUGUAACAACAGCAAAGGGACCACGGCGUCGGAUCCCAAGACAACACCUGCCCCAAGGAAAGACACCAAACCGGCUCCUGCAGCCACGCCUGCUCAGUCUCAAGAUGCUCCUCAGAAGACCGAAAAUACCGAGAAAACUGAAGACACCCAGCAAACGAAACCUGCGGCAGAGGAUGAUACCGUCGCCAAAGUCGAAGAAUGUGAAGGGGAGGUCUACGACCCUAACUGCCCAGUCCUAUAUAUCAAUAAGGUCGACCCGCAAUCUAUUGCUUGCAUGAUGCUGCUUAGCGAGGCAGGAAUCAAGGUUAACAUAAAACAUGUUGACCUUUUCAAAGACGAACACAAACAGGACUAUUUUCUUAAUAUAAAUCCUGAACACUGUGUCCCUACUUUGGUGGAUGGUGAUUUUGUCCUUUGGGAAAGUCGCCCGUUGAUGAAAUAUCUGUGCCAGAAGUACGUCCCAGAGAGCAGUUUUUACCCCUCUGAUAUAAAGCAACGCGCUCUGGUGGAUCGUCUAAUGUACUGGGAAGCCAGCACUCUAUGUACGGCAGUGCUCGAUUAUGCGGCAUAUGCAGCAUUUCUCGGCAAAGCUAUCGAUUCUGAGAAGGAACCAAAGGUUAAAGAAGCACUGGAUUACUUAGAUAAACAUCUCAGCGACAAGUCUUACGUCUGUGGUGACACCAUGACACUUGUAGACUUGAGCAUAAUUAAUACUUUGGCUCUUCUUUGGUAUAUCGACUAUAAAAUUGACAGUUGGAGCAACGUUGUUCAGUGGGUAAAGAGGGUAGAAAAAAUUGAAUGUUUCGAGAAAGUUAACGCCGCAGUGGCAGAUUAUAAGAAAACGCUAGAGAACAAGGCUCAGUAA